CUCGUGACAGGAUCACUUUCUCAAUACUUGACUAAUUUUCACGGGAUUUUAAUGCAAACGUCAUUCAUGUAGCUACGAUACAGUGCAAAUGAAUUGUAGUAAGCUGACGGUGUCUAUCUAGAACCGUAAAUCGCUAGCAAUAGCGUCUGUGUUUUCUUUUCGUCCGCUCGGCUGUGACGUCAUUCCCAGCUUCCGGCGUAAACGGAAAGCGGCAGAACAGAGCAGUACUUCCUUGUAACGUCAAGUGUGCUAACUGUCGUGAAAGCACAUCGACGGAGAAAGAAGCGAGCAAGACGCUAAUAAGUCAGUCUUAUUAUUUCUUAUCCAGUUUGAAAUAUUUACGUCGUAUAAAAUACAUAUUUGAUUCUUUUCUUUAAGGAUAAAGUCGUCUCGAUGCGCUAGAAGCACUGUGCCGCUUCUCCUGCUAUCUUUGCUUGUUAGUUAGCUUAGCUCGCUAGUUAGCUUAGCUUGUUAGCUGCUAACAGAAGUUAUCAACACAUCGCUAAGUAGAGAUCAAGUGCGAGUGUGAAAAUGUGCGAAAGAACGAUAGCAAAGUACGAGGAGGAACUUUGUCCAACAAAAGAGGAGAAGGAGCGACAACAUCAACUACUGGAUGUUUAUUAUAAGAAACAUCAUCAAGUUGUGUUACACAGAACAGACAUCUGUGAAGAACAACUUCUGCCUGAAAAACAGGAGUGUAGCUUCAGGAUGGUGAAGGAGGAUCCAUCAAAGAGGAAGACCAGGCGCCACAGACCCUCUGGUGUCUCCUUUUCCUCUUUGACACAGACCCUGCCCUGUAAAAAGGAAGAGGAAGACUCACUGACCCCCCACAUUAAAGAGGAAGAGGAGGAACACAGCAUCAGUCAGCCUAAAUGGUUGGUGGAGUUCCCAGUGACUGGUGUCCCUGUGAAGAGUGAAGAUGAUGAGGUCAAAGGUGAAAGUGAGGAGAAGAGCAGCAGCUCAACACAACACAUGACAACAGAAGCUGAUGGAGACCACUGUGGAGGAUCACAAGCAGACAAGCUCUUAGCUCCACUAUCAGAUAGUGAGGACACAACGUCACACUCUCCUGACACUGAUGAUGAAGACUCUAAAGAUGAUAAGACAAACACUCACUUCAAAUGUUCUCACUGCGACAAAACCUUUAAACUACCUUGUUAUCUGAAAAGACACAUGAGAAUACACACUGGAGAAAAACCUUUUGUAUGUUCAAUAUGUGGUAAAGGUUUUACACAAAGUUGGAGUUUGAAAAAACACACGUUAUUCCACACUGGAGAAAAAUCUUUUAUAUGUUCAAUCUGUGGUAAAGGUUUUGUAGAAAGUUGUAAUUUGAAAGUACACAUGAGAACACACACUGGUGAAAAACCUUUUAUCUGUUCGAUCUGUGGUAAAGGGUUUGCACAAAGUUCAUGUUUGGAAAAACACAGAACAAUACACACUGGAGAAAAAUCUUUUAUCUGUUUAAUCUGUAGUAAAGGUUUUGUUCUAAGUAACAAAUUGAAAGUGCACAUGAGAACACACACUGGUGAAAAACCUUUUUCCUGUUCAAUCUGUGGUAAAGGUUUUACAGAAAGUCAAUAUUUGAAAGUACACAUGAGAACACACACCGGUGAAAAACCCUUUUCCUGUUCAAUCUGUGGUAAAGGUUUUACACAAAGUCAGAAUUUGAAAAGACACAAGAACACACAUUUUUGAAAAAUCACAUUCCUGUUCAAUCUGCAACAGAAGCUUUUGUGAGCGAUCAAACCUUGUAGCACACAUGAGCACAAACCCAGGAGAGAAAGUGUUGAGUUGCAGUGUGUGUGGUGAAAGAUUCUCUUAUAAGUACCAGUAACAUGCAUUAUAAUACAUUAGAUGUUUUAUAUUGGUGCUUUUUUCAGUCAAGUACAUGCAUUAAUAUGCAACAUUGUGUACUUUUAUUAAAAAUUGAACUGAACAAUUUGACUGAAAAGGUGAGAGUAAACAGUACAAGACAUAUUUUACAUACAAUAAACAUUUUUUGUGUAUAUAUUUAGCCUUAUUCAUAAUAGUGUUUUUUUUAUAGGUGUUUGAAAUAUUGAAGUGUGACAUAUUUUUAUUUCUAUUUGUUAAUAAUCCCAUAGACUGGCACCUUUAUAUGAUAUACAUAUGUACUGGUUCACAUCUGAAACAUCUUCUGGACCACUUCAGGAAGCAUAAUAUUAUUUACUUUAUACAUCAUUUGAACAGUUGUCUUUUGUACAAUUUUAAAAUGUGUGACUUUAUGAAUUAUUUUUUGGGUCUCUAUAGUCCAUUUUAGUAAUUAUCUUUAUUACUCUUCUUUUUAAUAUGAUGAUUGUGUUGUGAUUGUAAUUAUC